UAUAAUAAUUAAUUAAUAAUCACGUAAAUUUAUAUGAAAUCAAUGAAAGAAGUAAUAUUGAAGUGUUCAUACGAAACAUAAGUUUUAUAUUUAAUAUGGAAGUUAACGUGUAAGCAGUGCAUUUAUAUCAAAUAGAAGAAUUAAAAUUAUCAGAAAGAUGAUUUUUUAUAUUCGUCUAACGUUAGUGAUCAUUUGCCUUCUAUUGGGCGUUGUUGGUCAAUAUGAAUGGCAAGUAAGAGAUCCAUUCGAUGAAAUUCGAUUUAAAAUGGAUAAAGUUAAUGCCGAUAACUGCCCUAUACAAUAUCUUGGUGACCUGUAUUUACCAGAGGAUUCUGUUUCACAUUUGCCAGAUAUAAAGGAUAUUAAUAUUAAUCCUGUAUUUCCAAAUAGAACAGCUCUGUUACAUUUACACAACAUGGCAUUGAGCAGAUCGUUUUUUUGGAGUUAUAUACUUCAAUCUAGAUUUAUAAGACCAGCUAUUAAUGAUACUUAUGAUCCAGGCAUGAUGUAUUACAUAUUAUCUACAGUUGCUGAUGUAUCUGCUAAUCCGUAUAUAAAUGCUUCUGCUAUCUAUUUUGCACCAAAUAUGUCAUAUUCUCCAUCUUAUAGAGGAUUCUUUAAUAAAACAAUGCCAAGAUUUGCACCAAGAACGUUUAGAGCUGAUGAUUUUAAUGAUCCUAUACAUCUUGAAAGAAUAUCUACUCGUAAUACGUUUACUGUACAAGAUCUUGGUGCAUUUCCUAGUGAUACUCUUAGCAAGGAUUAUACAACAGAUUACUAUAGAAUAAAUGAAUGGUACAGAAAAUGGUUACCUGAUAAUGUAGAGAAAAGACAUGAUACUAAAGCUACUUAUCAAGUUGAAAUUCGUUAUGCUAAUAAUACUAAUGAAACUUUUACAUUUCAUGGACCUCCAGGUGCUGAUGAAUAUCCUGGACCUGUGAAAUGGACUAGACCUUACUUUGAUUGUGAAAGAUCCAACCGUUGGCUUGUAGCUGCUGUAGUACCAGUUGCAGAUGUGUAUCCACGACAUACAGGGUUUAGACAUAUUGAAUAUCCAACAUAUACUGCUGUGUCUGUAUUAGAAAUGGAUUUUGAUAGAAUAGAUAUAAAUCAAUGUCCGAAAGGUAAAGGAAAUAAUGGACCAAAUAGAUUUAUGAAUACUGCACGAUGUAAAACAGAAACUACAGAGUGUGAACCAUUGCAUGGCUGGGGAUUUCGAAGAGGGGGAUAUCAAUGUAGAUGCAAACCAGGUUAUAGAUUACCAACCGUUGUACGUCGACCGUAUCUCGGAGAAAUUAUUGAAAGAGCAACUCAAGAACAAUAUUAUAAUGGAUUUGAUUGUAGCAAAAUAGGAUGGAUUCAAAAAAUGCCAGUGCAAUGGGAGAAGGCAAAAUAUUAUAUUAGAGAGAGAUAUCUCGAGCAGUAUUAUCAGUAUAGAAAUCUCACAACAGGGCCUGACAAUUUACAUUCUGAAAAAAUAAAUAUUGAUCAAACUUUAAAAUUCAUUUCCAGUAUAAAUGCGAAAACAUGUAAAAAGUAUUCGGCACAAGAUUUAGUCUUGGAUGGUGAUAUAGGUUAUGGAGCAGAAGAGUUUUUCGAAAAUGAAGCCAAAAUGGCAACCAGACUUGCUAAUUUUAUUAGUGCAUUUCUGCAAAUAUCUGAUUCACAUGAAGUUUAUUCUGGUAAAAGAGUGGCUGAUAAACCUCUUACAGAAGAUCAAAUGAUAGGUGAAACGCUAGCUUUAAUUCUUGGAGAUACUAAAAUCUGGUCUGCAGGAACAUUCUGGGAUAGAAAUAAAUUUACUAAUAGGACAUUUUUUGCACCGUUUGCUUAUAAAACUGAACUGAAUACACGGAAGUUUAAACUCGAAGACUUAGCUAGAUUAAAUGACACAGAUGAAGUUUACACUAGAAAGAAUUAUUUCCAAUUUUUGAAACAAAGAUGGGCAGCUAAUUUUGAUGAUUUGGAGAAAUUCUACAUGAAAAUAAAAAUUAGAUACAAUGAAACAGGCGAAUAUCUUAAAAAGUAUGAACACUAUCCAAACCAUUAUAGAGCAGCAAAUCUGAAUCAUGGUUAUUGGACAGUUCCAUAUUUUGAUUGCAAUGGUAAAGUGAAAAAAUGGGUAAUUACUUAUGCAUCUCCAUUCUUUGGUUGGGAUAGCUUAAGAGAAAAAUUAGAAUUUAAGGGUGUGGUUGCCGUUACUAUGGAUUUACUUCAAUUAGAUAUCAAUCAGUGUGAUGAUAAAUUUUACCGUCCAAAUGCAUUUAAAGAUACACAUAAAUGUGAUAAGAAAACAUCAUAUUGUGUACCCAUUCUUGGCAGAGGUUUUGAAACUGGUGGAUAUAAAUGUGAAUGUAAACAAGGCUUUGAAUACCCUUUUGAAGAUUAUAUUACAUAUUACGAUGGGCAGCUAGUAGAGGCAGAGUUUAGUAAUAUUGUCAAUGACAAAGAAACAAGGUACGAUAUGUUCAAAUGCCGUAUAGCUGGUGCAUCUUCGAUUCAAGCAAGUUGGGUUAUAAUUCUGUCAUUAAUAAUAGCAAUUAAUCCAUUACUUAGGAGAUAAAUAUAAGAUCUUAUUAGAUUUAUAUUAUGUAAAAUUGUUUUCCAUUAGUUAUAUGACUUAUGUUAAACGGAUAUUUUCAUAUGCCGUCCAUAUUUUUUAUGUUUAGUCUUUUUAAAGAAUUAUUAAUAAUUAUAGAUACUUAUCAUAUUGCCGUCCAUAAAUUUUAAGAGAUCUUUAAUAUAAAAUAUUAUUUUAUAUAAAUCUUUUCAAAUUCAUCUCUCUUUUAAAAGAAUCUCAUUGAAUACUUUUAAAGAAAUUUUACAAUUUCUUCUCAAUUUAUGUUGUAUGUGACCUUAUAUGUACUUU